UUGGAACUGUAGAGCUAGCUAGGUGGCUAGUAAUAUAUGUUACUCAACUGUAUUGAUAGCAAGCUAACAAUGCUGUUACGGUCUGUUUCCUUCGACAUGAGAACGAAUUGGUGGAAGCAAGCUUGAAGACGAACUCUGGAGAGAACACCACCAGAAGAGAAGAGAUAUAGUUUUAUCUGUGUUCCGUGUAACGUGAAGUGUUUCGUAGAUCUAGCACUGAACACAGGACGCGUCUGCCACAUGCAUCUAAACCAGGGCUUUGACUAACAAGUAUUUAUGUGUUUUGUAGCACGUUAUGCAUUUCUUGAUUUCUUUGCUUAACAAAGGAGUAGCAUGUGUGUUGUAACGUGCUGGGCAUCCUGCAUGUAGUCUCUCUCUUUCAAGUUUGGAACUGCCUGAAUAAGACCAACUGUGCAACAGAGGACACUGAAGUGCUGCACUGGUGUUUCAGCUAGCUUUGGGGUGUGAAUGGGAUGUAGUGCCGAUGCUUUGAAAAACAGAAUUGCUUUGCGCUUAACAUGUGCUGAUUUGGGAGUCAGACCUCUGCAGACACGCACUAUGUUUUAAAAUACCAGAUUUCGGUGGCUGCCAGACAGACAACAACAUGCUAAGUUUAUAACAAUAAGUACCUAUCAGGUUUUUGUGAUGUGACUAGUUCCCCCAUUUUCACCCAGCUGUAGCUCCUCCACUGUUUUAAUGAGGUGAACGCCAGCUUUCGCCCGUUUCCGAACAGCGGCCUUGUGAUUACUUUCCCGUUUUUUUGUGUGCAUGCGCGGGCAGGUACUAAAAUGAGCUGGUAGGGGCGGAUUUGGAGUGUCAGAGCUGGCACCUCGUGCUGCUUACAGAGUUCUGGGAGAAGAGCGAGGCGACUCUUCCACAGCGCGGUGGACACUGUCUGACGGAAACGCCCUGUUGCCCCCGGGGCCUUUCGGACCACUGUAUUGGAGGCUUACGCCAGGCCCCCUUAGUGAGAGGAGAGCUGGUACGGAGCAGCUCCCCCCGCUUCACAUGCAGAAGUACACGUUUUGACUCACUCUGAAUCCCUGCUGGGACAUCAUUGGAGCAGUUCCCAUUCACCGUGCAACCAGGAUCCCCCCCGCCCCACCCCCGGCAGAAGGUCCUCCACAUGUGAGAAGAGGCUCCUGGCCCAAGUGCAGAGCUCCUCCGCCGCCCCGCCAUCAUCCUGGAACACUUGAACCGGCCUCUGGCAGGGGGCUGUUGUCCUGGGGCCUGGGCGCGUUCCUGUUGCAGACCCUAGCCUAGGAUAGCUUCAGAUAAGAGACAGAGCAUUCGGGCCCUGGUACUGGGAGAGGGAGCCACUGGACUUCAGAGCUCACAACUCUGGAUCCUGGCCAUGAGGUUUGAUGCCUCAAUCCACUGACUGGAGACACUGGACCUAAAUGGCGCAGCAUGACUUUGUUCCUGCCUGGCUUAACUUCUCAACGCCUCAACCUGCCAAGUCCCCUGCAGCGAGCUUCGACAGACAUGGAGAGCACUUACCCCGCGGAGACGGCAAGCCAAGCGUGAGCCGCCGACGUCACAACUCCUCCGAUGGCUUCUUCAACAACGACCCGCUCCGGGCCCCGGCAGGCGACGGGUGGGCGCAGCCGCUGCUCCUGCGGCACGACUCAGUGGACUCGGGCGUGGCGAAGGGCGGGCACGGCGGCCUGGUCGGCGGCCCGGGCUGGAAGGAGGCGCCCGCCUGGCACGGAGCGCCCUGGGGGCAGGAGGGGGGGGCCGGGUCCCACCACCACCACCACCACCACGGGCGGCACCCGAAACGCGGGGGCGGGGACAGGGACAGGGACCGGGACCGGGACCGGCAGGGGGGGCACCGGCAGCGCAACGGAAACUUUCACCCUCGCAAGGGCGCCCCCUUCCAGGACAAGUUCUCCGACGAGGAACGCAAGGAGGACAAGCUGAAGUUCGUGGAAGAGGACUUUCCCUCCCUCAACCCGGAAGCGAACGGGAAGCCGGCGAGCCAGGCGCGCGCUGUGGGGGCCCCCGUGGGAGUUUGGGAGAACCCCCCCAGCGCCAAGCAGGCGGUGUCCAAGAUGCUGGUCAUUAAGAAGGUUUCCAGAGAGGACCCCGGCGCCGCCUUCUCUGCUGGGUUCGCCAGCACGGGCCCCCUGCCCACCAACGGCACCAAAGUCCCCAUCACCGGACCCAGCGUUUACAAAAAUCUGGUGCCCAAGCCAGCCGCGGCCCCCACCAAGUCCGGUCCGUGGAAGCCCAGCGGAAGGGAGACGAAGUCGGGUUUCCAUUUCUCGGGCCGGGACUCGGCCUUCACCAGCCCCGCCUCUGCGACCAAACCUUUGACCCCAGUCAGCGUCGCGCCCCACGCGCCCCCCAAGGAGCCCCCCUCCAGCACCACCCCGCCCAUUGACGUCACGCCCCCGCGCCUCAAACUGAUGCGCCGCGGCACCGACCGCAAGAGCGAGUUCCUGCGGGCGCUGAAGGACGAGCGCAACGGCGAGGAGGCGUCCUGCCACAGCCCCGGCACCCCUGGAGAGGGUGACGGGAGCACCCCGGAGCCGAAGGAGUACAGCGAGGGCCUGUGCCACGAGAACGGCGUCUCCCACGCCCUCAGCGACUCAGACACCGAACAUCUGUCCAGCUCUCUGGAGGCCGAACACCGGUUACUGAAGGCCAUGGGCUGGCAGGAAUAUCCGGAGAACGAUGACAACUUCCUGCCCCUGACGGAGGACGAGCUGAAAGAAUUUCAAGCGAAAACUGAGCAGCUGAAGAAGAACGGAUUCGGGAGGAACGGGGUGCUCCCGAAGCCCCGGGCCGUGGCUCUGCAGUUCACCCGCUGGAGGAGCGGCGUGGAGGCGGGCCUGGAGGAGGCCUCCGAAUCGGAGACCAGCAGCAGCAGCCAGACCUCCGACGACGAAGACACCUGACGCGGCGUUCGCAGACCCUCUCCUCUCCUCUCCUCUCCCCCCGCCGGCGCUUUUCUCGAGCGCUCGUCUGUUCCCGUGCACAAGGGGGAAGAGGUCACAUCCCCGAGAGAGUUCGUUCUGGCUUGUGUACCGUUUCUUUUUCUUUCCUUCUGUUUUUUUGCUCCCCCUUUUUCCUUUCGAUCCUUUCGUUUAGUGGUCCCUGCUUUACCCAUUUCCCGGAACAAAGUAUUCAUCGAAGAUCAAUGCGCAUUCAGUUAAACUGAAGAAACUGACUAACCCUUAACAGUAAUAAUGACAUUAAUUUAAAGUGAAUUUCACUUCAGCUCCUUACAGACUAAAGCGUUUUCUUUUUUUAAAGAUGGCUUUGAAUUUCUUUUUUUUUGAGAAAUGAUUUCUUAGCAGUAGUGCAGAGAUUAAAUACUCGUUAUGAGUAAUUGACAUUAAUGUUGCUCAAAGCCCCUGAUGGUUUUAGCUUGUCUCUGUUUCGGGGGUGCUUGUCUGUGUGUACACACCAGGAGAGUGCGCCCCCUGUGGGUGGAGUGCAGUAUAGCACGGCAGCUACCGAAUGAAACAAUCACUGUGUUGUGAGGCUCAAACAGAAGGGGUGAAUGUUUGAAUUUGAAUACAUCGUUCUCACUGUUAGGCAAUCGUCAGUGUGUCCCCCCCACCCCCACCCCCACGACACUACUUCUCAGGAGUGUGUUCUGUUUUAGUUCGGGUUGUGUUAUCGCCCAUUGAACGUAAGCAUAUAGUUUGCCCCACGCCCUUUAGUCUAUCAUUGUUUCGAUAGUUGUGGUUUUCAUUACAUUUUGUUGAUUUCACUAGUCGCCUUUGUUAUGGCAUACAUCACAAUUAUAGAAACAGGGUACAGAUUUUUAUUUUCUUGUACUCUUGAAGGUAUGAUGGAGACGAGUGAUAUACAAACAGACUUGGUGGACACCUUGCUGCCAGCACUGCUUUGGCUUGAGCGCUUAAAAUCACAGGAGAAGCAGCGACACGAACGUGCUGUUCAAUUAUUUCCCUUAAAAUAAAAAAGAGCUUUACUUUUAAUGAAUGUAGCCAAGAAGGGCUGACAAAAAAUAAUAGAAAAAGCUGUCAUGCUGCAGCAAUUCAGUCUUAAAAAUUCUGGUUUAUCUUUUAAACGAUGUAUUCAGGUAAUAAAUGAAUAAUAAAUUUAAAAAAUCAGUUUCAACUUCCAAUACCAAAGAAAGGGGCAAAAUUGUUAUAUGGUUGCCUACGUUGUGUUGGUGACGGAGUUGGGUUUGAUUCGCAGGUGAGCCAACCUUCCGAAGACUGGACGCGAGGGCGGGUCUUUAUUCUCAGCCAAUCAGGGAUGUGUAAUCGGGGCGAUUGCAGGGAGAGAGGGCCAAUCGUUGGGGCCUCCUGAAACUCACACGUGAUCCUCCGCAAAUGUUAACUUAAUCUGUUCUGCGAUUUUUCAAUCAAAACGUUCUGAGUUCUGAAGUUUAAAGAAUGGCUUGAGCAAUCUUGAUGCUCAAAAUGAUUCCUGCAGCUGAAAUUAAGGUGCAGCUCCAUCCUAAUCUUCUUUUUUUUUUUUUUGCUUUUUUUUCCCAGAAGGGACUGCCGUUUUAAAUUAUGCUUACAGCCACACGUUUUUGUACUUUCCUCUGUUUGCUGAAAGGGUAUAAACGGCUUUAUCACACAUCUGUUCAUUUUAUUUUAUUUUGGUACAGCUGUAAAAAAAGAAAAAAAUUCCACUUCAGUAGGCUUUUUGUUUUCUUUUGCAUUUUGUUCCUGUGACCUUGAUAUUCAGGGUGGAUUGUAAAAUAAAAAUGAAAAAUUGUGAGUUUUCAAAAAAAUUAUUUUGAUAACAUUAUUUACAGAUUUGAAAGAUAAAAGGGUCUCAUGUAUGGAGUUAUCUGUAUGAGGUAGAAAAAAGAACUACUGCAUCUAAAAAAAAAUGAAAAAAUUGUAAUAAAUAUUUUGCAUCAGUUUGCCAAA